GUGAUGAGGCUUUCUAUGAACGAGGAGGCCCUCUCCCGCUGCCCUCCGCCCCCUGCCCAGCUCAGGGCCCCGUGAUUGAUCCUGACGGAUGGAGCAGCAGCUUCCACAAUCCCUAAAAAUAACCCGCCAGCUUCAUGAUCCCAACUUAGCCCGGCCCUAGCAGAUAAAAGCAGCUGUCGGGCGCCAGAGCAGCCCAGAGCCAGGGGCCGAGCAGAGGAGACCCAGGCGGCCAGCCGGACAAGUGCGAGCACAGAAGAGAGCCUCGGGCCGCCAACUCCCCUCAGGAGCCCCCAAACCAAGCAUCCCUCCAGAGAGUCUGCCCCGGUGGCUGCCGGCUCCCCGCGUCUGAGAGAGACAUCCCAUGAUCCCAGAGCCAGCGAGGAUGGCUGACAGCAAGGUCCAGGAGGCGUCAGCAAUGACCUUCCCCAAGCCUGGGGAGGACGCGCCGCCAUUGCCGCCCCCCAAGGAAGCCUUCUCCAAGUUCUACCAGCAGCGGCAGGCCAGUGAGCUCCGGAGGCUCUAUCGCCACAUCCACCCCGAGCUCCGGAAGAACCUGGAGGAAGCUGUGGCCAAGGACCUGGCCGAGGUCCUGGAGACGGAGGAGCCCACGGAAGGCGACGUGCAGUCCAUGCGCUGGAUCUUCGAGAACUGGAGUCUGGACGCCAUCGGGGAGCACGAGCUGCCGCAGAGGCUGGCGGAGGCGGAGGCGGUGCCUGGAGGGGAUGUGCGCGCCACGUCCAGAAAGUUCGAGGAGGGAUCCUUUGCCGCCAAGGACCCUGCGCCAGCCAAGCCGGGGCCGAUCCAAGGGGAUGUUCAGGCAGCCCGGUGGCUCUUUGAGACUCAGCCCAUGGACACGCUGACUGGUCAGACGGACAUACAGAAAGCUGUGCUGCGAGAAGCCCCGCCUAGGGGAGACGUCCGCAGCACCAGGACCCUCUUUGAAACGAGGCCACUGGACAGCCUGGGCCGCCGCGCCUCGGCCCAGGAGCAAAGCCCCCUGCAGCUGCGCUCAGAGAUCCAGGAACUAAAGGGGGACGUCAAGAAGACGGUGAAGCUCUUCCAGACGGAGCCCCUGUGUGCCAUUCAGGACGCCGAGGGCGGCAUCCACGAGGUCAAGACAGCCUGCCGGGAGGAGAUCCAAAGCAAUGCCGUGAGGACAGCCCGCUGGCUCUUUGAGACUCGGCCCCUGGAUGCCAUCAGUCGGGACCCAAGCCAAGUGCGAGUGAUCAGAGGGAUCUCCCUGGAGGAGGCGGCUCGCCCCGACGUCAGCAACACCCGCUGGCUCUUCGAGACGCAGCCGUUAGAUGCCAUCCGGGAAGUGACCAUCGACGAGAAAGAGUUCCAGCCUUCCCCGGACCUGGUUCCGCCGGGGCCGGACGUCCAGCAGCAGCGGAUGCUCUUUGAGACCCGUGCCCUGGACACGCUGAAGGGGGAGGAGGCCCCCGAAGAUGGGCCCCCCAAGGAGGAGGUGCUGGGAGGGGACGUGCGCUCUACGCUGUGGCUCUUUGAGACCCAGGCCCUGGGGGCUCCCAGCAGAGAAGUCCAAGUAGGGCGCCUGCAGCAAGUCAGGCAAGGCGAGAGCGAGAACGGAGACGUCUGCGCACCCGAGCUGGAGAAUCGCGCCAGCAUUGGCGCUUCCAAGGUGGCGCUCCUGCCGUUUCCUGCUGGAGACCAGGGCGGAAAGGGAGAUGUGAAGGCCUUCAAGAAGCUCUUUGAGACCCUCCCCCUGGACAGCAUUGGGCAGGAGAGGCCCUCCGGCCCUGCUGAGGACAGGGGGCUGAAGGGGGUGGUGCCUGCCGGGCAGGUCCAAGCCGGCCAGGCCCUGUUUGAAGAGUGGCCGCUGUACGCCAUUCAGGACGGCCACGGUGGCCUCCAUGCCCUCACCUCGGUCAGCAGGGAGCAGGUGGUUGGUGGUGACGUUCAGGGCUCCAGGUGGAUGUUCGAGACGCAGCCCCUGGACCAGCUGGGCCAGGAUCCGGGAAAGGUCGAUGUCAUCCGAGGCAUCACCCGCCAGGAAGUGAUGGCCGGAGACGUGAGCAGCGCCCGCUGGCUAUUCGAGACGCAGCCGCUGGAGGUCAUCCAUCGGCAGAAGAAGGAGCCGGAGGAAAAGGAGCCCCCGGAGGCGGCCCCCCCGAAGUGCAACGUCCAGACGGUGCGCUGGCUUUUUGAGACGCAGCCCAUCCACGCUUUGGCCCAGGAGCCAAGGCCGGAGGUCCCGGGCACCAGUCCUGCGGCUGACGUCCGGUCAUGCACAUGGAUGUUUGACAUGCAGCCCCCGGAGGGCCCCGAGAGCCCCAGAGAGCAGCACCUACAGGUCAGGCCGACCUCCCUCCCCUCCAGAGACCCCCAGAUGGAAGCUCACGUCUUCGAAACGGAGCCCCUGCUCCCCGCGCCCGGCGCCGGGGGGAAGGACCCCGUCCAUUACUGCAGCCGGGUAGAGAUCCCGGUUGGGCAGGUCUCACAAAGGAAGGAGGCCUUCGAGGCCCCGGCUGUGGAGGGGGGCCAGAAAGGCCAGCAGGGCCCCCCUGAGCCUGUGCCGGAAGGCUCGGUCCGCAAGUUCACCUGGCUCUUUGAGAACUGCCCCAUGGACUGCCUAGAGAAGGCGGCAACGGAGGGCAUCCAGGAGAUGCCCCCCGACCAGGAUGCUGCCGCCACGGCCCAGGCAGGGAAGAGGUUUGUCUUUGAGACCCUCUCGCUGGGGGACCUCCCGGCCGAUGUGGACGAGUCAGAGCUGCAGAGAAUUGAGGAGCGGGCCCUGGCCGGGGGCCCCGGCUCCCCCCAGACCCUCCGCUUCGAGAGCCAGCCCCUGUACGUGCUGCCGGACCGCCAGGGCCAGCUCCACGAGGUCACGGCCGUGAAGAAGGAGGAGGUGCAGAAGGCGGACGCCCGGGGCGCCCGCUGGGUCUUUGAGACCAGGCCCCUGGCCCCGCGGCUGGGGGCCGGAGAGGAGAUCUUCGUCAUCCGCGCCGUGACCCAGGAGGACAUCUGUCGGGGCGAGCUCGCGGUGGCCCGCUGGAAGUUUGAGACGGAGCCCCUGGAGCUGGGAACGCGCUCGAGGACGGCCAAGGCGCCUCGCUACCUGCGCACCGUGAGCCUGAGCGACGUGCGCCAGGGGGAUGUGCGCACCUCCACGUGGCUCUUCGAGAACCGGCCCUUGGACUCCCUGAAGGGCGGCCAGGCCGAAGGGAAUGGGGAGGCCCCGGCCCAGGCGGUCAGGAGACAAGACAGCUGCCGGGGAGACGUCAAGCGCUGCACGUGGCUCUUCGAGACGCAGCCGCUGGACCAGCUCCAGGACCCGGAGGCCCAGGAAGAGGCGCCCAGGGAGGAGCCCCCCCGGGCCGACGUCAAGAGCACCACGUGGCUUUUCGAGAGCACCCCCCUGGACCGGCUCCACGACCCGGCCCCCCGGGAGGAGCGGCCCCGCGAGCAGGUGCCCCAGGCCGACGUGAAGGGCACCACCCGCCUGUUUGAGAGCAAGCCCCUGGACCACUUGAACCCCCAGCCCGAGGGGGAGCCAGAGCCCAGAGAGACGGCGGCGGCAGAGACCCUGAGGGCGCUGGGCAGCAGCCCGGGGGUGCUGCAAAGGGGGGGCAUCCUCAUCGAAGCCCACGGGGCCCGCACCGUCCGAAUGGCCAAGUACCAGCUGCCCAGCCCUGGCGAGGGGCAGCCCCAGGUGCAGAAGGAGGAGGUGGUCCUGGGCCAGCUGCCGAGAAUUCUCUCCCGGGUGAUGCGGGGGCCCGACGUGGCCCCGCAGGGACUUCUGGUGCAGGAGGACGAGGCCGGCCUCUUUAAGCUGGAGCCCCUGGAGCUCUCGGCCCUAGCGGACGGCUGCGGUCACGAGGUCUGGGACCUGCUGGCCCGGAGCAAUGCCGGAGCUAGAACUGGGCUGGUGAUUCAAGAGGCUGAGCAGCGCUUGGUAAAGCUGGUUGUCUACUCGCUCCGGCUCCCGCCGGGGGUCCAGGCGGCCGGUGGGGCGGCAGAGAAGGGCAACGUCCAGCUCCUGGCUAGUUGCAUUGAGAAGGGGGACCUGGAUUCCCUCAAGAGCUUGCAGUGGGAGCCGCCGUCUGAGAACGGCUGUCCAGCCGAGGGGGCGGCCGCCCCGAGUCAGACCCCCCCGAUGGUGUCUUCUGUGAAUAAGGUCAUCCACGUGGCCUUGCCGGACGGUGGCCUGGACUGUCCGAGGGGCACGGUGCCCUCUCCCACCGGUCUCCUGACCGAGGUCCCCCCAGAGCCACAGGGCCAGCUGAAGCAGGAAGGGCCGCGGGAGAGCCCAGCGAUUCUCGGAGACCCCCAGGGGGGCCCAGACCCCGACCUCCAGGUGGCCAUGCAGAACCUCCGUCUAGCCACGGCCGAGGCCCAGAGCCUCCAACACCAGGUGCAAAGCAAGCACAAGCCCAGGGGAGCCCCCACAGCCCAGGAGCCCGUCCAGAAGGGGCAGACGCUGCCGCCCGCCCCCAGGAUCUCCAGGGUGGUGAUGCCCGACAUCCAAAUGACCGCCGUGGCCCGCAGCAAGGUCAGUGCUAGUGAGGACGCUCCGGCGGAAGGGCCGCCCAGGGGGAGGGGGCCCAUUCAGGAUGGCGUCUACACGGCCAGGCCUGUGAGGACCUUCAUGCCCUCCUCGGGGGCCUCGCCUUCCAAGGGGGAGCUGGAAGCCAGGCCCCAGCCAGGGCCUUUCCUGCCGAGGGCUGGGGGCCCUGAGGCCAGCCCAGGACCGGGGAGGGAGGGGACCAGGGGCUGUGUCCAGGCCGCCCUGGAGUCUCUGGGGAAGGCCAAUGUGAACGUAUGCAAAGGAGACAUCAGAGCGGCUCUCAUUUACCAGGACGCAGCCCGCAGGGUCUCGGUACCCAGCCCGAGCCAAGCUGCUGGCCCCGGCCCGCAGGCCCUUAAUGCCUCUCCUCCUCCCCCAGCUGCUGUAACUGGACCUGAGCUCCCACCCCUAGCUGGCCCCGAAGACAAUACUCUUCCCCGCUCCGCAGCCCCUCAGAAGCCCCCCGCUCGCCUCCUCGGUCCCGCCUCUGGCCAGAGACCUCCAGGGAGACCAGAGGCCGAGCUGCCCAGGCAGGAGACUUCAGCGAUGGCCGCCAGGAAGAAGCCCGCUCUGCCCCCCAAACCUGCCCACCUCGGAGGUCCGGCCCCCAUCCUGCCCCCGCAGCUGCCCCCUAAGCACCCAGCCCUCCCCUCUAGCCCAGUGGGCACCGGCGCUCCAGGGGAGGUCCAGGCCCCGACGAGUGGGCACCUCGAUGGGAGGCCGCUGCCCGGCCGGCCCAGCUCUACCCACAAGAGCUCCGAGAGGCAGGCUGUGGUCAGCGGCGUCCAGGCCGUGAGCCCCCGAAGGCCUCCGUGCCCCAGUGCUACGCUCCAGGAUGACCCUGCCGCGCUGCAGGGGCCACGGGGGCUCCCCAGGCCGGAGCCCAGGCCGGAGCCCGAGGCCCAAGAGAUCCCCCAGGGCCAUGUGCAGGGAGCCAAGGAGAUCUUCGAGAACCUAAAGAAGCAGCAAGAGCUGCGGGCCAUCCUGAGCCAGGUGAAGGCCAUCGAGGAAGACGCUGUGCGCGGGGUGGAUGUGAAGGCCCUUCAGAGCCUCUUCGAGGCUGUCCCCGAGUGGGUGGGGAAAAGGGCCCAGACUUCAGCGGCCGGGGAGGCCUGCCCUGGGGAAGCCUCAACUCCAGGCCCCAAGGAGGUGUCCUCCGUGGAGCUGGCCUUUGGAGACCUGGCCCGGGCCAGCGCCGAAGUGGCCUGCCUGAAGGAGCAGACCCUAGCCCGGCUGCUGGACAUCGAGAAGGCCAUUCGUAAGGCCCUCAGCUCCGUGUCCAGCCUCAAGCCAGAGUCGGACAUCGGGGGCCUCUCUGGCCUCCUCCAGGAGUCGCUGGGAGAUGGGCCUUCACCCCCAGCUCCUAAGGAAAGCAGCAUCGCCAAGGUGAGCAUCCAGCCCAGUAGCAAAGCCAGGUCGGAGCCGCCCGGAGCAGAGGGCAGGGAGCAGGCCGAGGCCAAGGCCCAGGAUCCCACCAAGGCGGAGCAGCCCAGAGGCCUGCCCGACAACCUGAGGACAGAGUUGGGCAUCCCCAGAGUCCUGCCGUCCCGUGUGAAUUCUCCCUCCUCCCCCUCCUUCAUCUCCAUCGAGUCGGCAGCCAGGAAGCCCACAGAAUCUCCCAGCCCUGGGGACAGCCCUGACAGCCCCCGCCUGUCCCGGGAUGGCGCCCACCCUUUGCCCCAGAGGCACCCGGAAUUGGCAGACGAACCCCCAGACGGCGCCGCGGCCGAUCGAGGUCUGCGGGAGGCGAGGCAGGGCCGGCCGGAGCCCAGCCCCGUGGCCAGUCCCCUGUUCCCCAGGAGGCAGAAAAGCGUCCUAGAGCUGCAGACGGGCCCGCGGGGCUCCCAGCUGUACGGAACGACGCGGACGGUGACGGAGCAGUACGAGGAGGUGGACCCGUUUGGGAACAAGAUCAUCACGUCUUCCACCACCGUCACCAAGCAGGCAGAUGGCCCUGCGGGCCGGGGCCGCGCCUACGAGGUGAGCACGUCCCCGCUGCUCCGCCGCUACCUGCAGAACAGCUCCAGGGCCAACGGCUCGCUGCAGGACGCCGGCGUGGUGUGUGUGACCUUCGGCAACUCUCGGGCCGCCACCAAGUGAAGAGGUGCCUCGACCGUGCCACCAUCCCCAGCGCCCACCUCGAGGGCCUGGCGUCCGCGUCCGCGAUGGGGGAGGCCAGAGAGAACCGUUCCUUUUCGGGCGCUUCUUGGUGCCCUCGUUUCCCUUCUUUGUCUCUAACUCUGCUGGGUGGCACAAGGAGAAGGAGGACCUUUUUUCGCUGGGGUGGGGGCGGUCAGGAAGGGCAUGAGGGGGGCUCUGCAGGCUGAGGCUCUCCCUCUGGACAGGCACAUCCUUGCUGACAGUCAUAGAUCCAGCAUUUCUCUGGACACACACAGACCCAUGAAGAUAUCAAAGCAGAUGGCGGGAUGCAUCCCAUGAACCCACCCAAAUGUCCACGGAGUCCUGGGUGCACGCAACCCCCGAGGGGUCCCCCGACACCCCCGUGCCUUGAUGUCCUCUUUUUCCUUCGCAUUCCCCUCUCGGAGGGAAGGCUCCACUUGAUUCCAAGGUCCUAGAGGCCCUCUUCGGCUUGGACCUGCCCACUCUGGGGUCCGAUCCGGUCCGGUCUGGCUCUCUCUUCAGGCUCCAGGGGGCACAUCGAUGGAGCCCUGGCCAUUGGGCCAGUCUUCCCCCACCCCGAAUGCUCCAAAUCCUCUCCGCCCACCCUGCUGUUUUCUUACUCUUUAUAAACACGUUUUGUACAUCAA